GCAAAUAUUAUAUCGGAUCCUGGAUUAUGGCUGAGGGUAAGCAGCAUUUGGCCAAUUCGGCAUUUUGUGAUAGUUCACGAAUCGAUGCGAGAUCUCGCGUUUUUGAUUGGUCGGUGGCGAGGAAAGGGCAAGGGCUUUCACCCACACAGCGCCCCCUUCGAAUACGAGGAGGAUAUCAUCUUCGAGAACAUUGGCCAGCCAAAUUUCGCGUACCAUUCAACUUCUUUCAUCAAUAAAGUGCCAAAACACAGAGAAUCUGGAUUUAUUAAGUUUGAGGACAAUAAUCAAGUCCAGUUGAAUCUUGUGGAUAGUCUCGGUAAGCGAUUAUUUGAUUAUUUGUCGAGGUCAGUAUCAAACUGCCCCUAUUAG